GGGAUAAAAGGCAAGGGCGCAGGCGCCGGGAAGGCUGCCUCGGCGUUCUCUUGGCAGCGGGGUUGGUGCUUGGUUCUGUGUGAUAACAGCAGAGCGAUGUCUGGCCGCGGGAAGCAGGGCGGUAAAGUCAGGGCCAAGGCCAAGUCGCGCUCGUCGCGGGCCGGGCUGCAGUUCCCCGUGGGCCGCGUGCACCGGCUGCUGCGGAAAGGUAACUACGCGGAGCGGGUCGGGGCUGGAGCGCCCGUCUACAUGGCGGCCGUGCUGGAGUACCUGACGGCCGAGAUCCUGGAGCUGGCGGGCAACGCGGCCCGCGACAAUAAGAAGACGCGCAUCAUCCCCCGCCACCUGCAGCUGGCCAUCCGCAACGACGAGGAGCUCAACAAGCUGCUGGGCAAGGUCACCAUCGCGCAGGGCGGGGUGCUGCCCAACAUCCAGGCCGUGCUGCUGCCCAAGAAGACCGAAAGCCAUAAGGCUAAGAGCAAAUAAGCUCAGCCAACGAAGCUGCUCAGAUUUUUUGAAAGCAUAAUACAACCCAAAGGCUCUUUUCAGAGCCACCCACGCAGUCAGAAAAGAGUUGGGUUGCUUCUUUGUGAUAGUGCUUUUGGUUUCUAGGGUUUCUUCUCUGCUGCCUUUGUUUUCACAGAGUAAAAUCUAUGAUCUGUAACAGUGUCUCAAUUUUAGGUUCCUACAUAAGAUGUCAGAUACUUAAUUAAAACUCAUCCUUUUCAA